UAUGCGAGCCAGGCAUAUUGCUUGUUUGUAAUACACUGCAAUGAAGGAGAAUAACAGGACCAACACAGGCGGGGGAAAAAAAAGGGCAGCAGAAAGAGAUCUAUUUUCACACACCCAACCGGUCGAGGAAUCGGAUCUUCCUCCAUCGUGUUCCUCUCCUGGCCGCUCUUUAUCUCUCACUCACUCCUUGACUCCCAGACACAUGGUGGUAUGCUACCCCACGGCGGCAGAAAAGGGAAAGUCUCCGCACUCACUGCAAGUGUGGGAUCCCCGGUUCUCACGAACGAAUGCAGAACCCUGCUUAAAAGCAGAAACUCAUGUUGCUUCAUACACUUCCCGGCAGAAUGAUUCCAUCAGACCACUCAAUGGCAGGCAUGAGUUCCCCCGGUUUGGUAAUAUCCACAGUAGAUCUUUCCCCACGGGACCCCCGCGCGGGGGGGGUCGGGUACAUGCUUACGCAGUACUCUAUACAAGAGCUAUGCAUGCCUAUGAGGGGUUGCCAGGUGAGGAGGCAGAACAAGGAAUAAUCGCUUAUAUCAAACAUCUCUUGCUUUAUCGACCCUUGGCUUUAUGUCUCAGUUCGCCAAGUAGGUCUAAUCCAGUGUCAGGGUGCGUUUCAAUCAGAAAAAAAAUUCUCUGUACGGACCUCUUCCUUCCCCCCGUAAGCGUGGGGGGUGACGAAAUAACCUCCUCGGCAGCCAACUCGUGUUGAAGAGGGUCGAUUGCU